AUGUCCCAGACGACGCGGGUGCAGCCCUUUGCUGUGGGCCCGUCGCUGCCUGCGCCGAGUACGCUGCCCUGUCGCGUCGUCCUCAACAAGCGAUCCCUGUGCACAAGCUUGCUCCUCGUCUUCAACCUCGCCGUCAUGCCACUCAAAGCCUACGUCUCGGAAUCGUUUCCGUGGCACGACCGGUCCGACGUCUGGGACUACGUUGCCAACUGCAGUGCGAGCCACGAGUUGUGCCAUGCCGGGUGGGCGACGUACUUUGCAGCGCGCCAGCCCGCAUUCGGCGUCGCAUUCGGUGAAGACUUUGACGUGAUCCAGGAAAACAUCACGAUCGCACCCGGUGUGCGCAACAUCUCGGAAGCACCGCUCGUCCACUUGACGUACGCGGCCUUUCAGACCUCGGCCCAGCGCGCGUAUGUCUUGGCCGUGCUCGCCAACCGCGCGCCGCUCGCCAACUUUACGUUUAUUAGCACCGGCCGCCUCCUUGGCGUGCCCACGUCCUACUCGGUCUCGUGGGGCGAGAACACGACGGACGUCUCGUGCAUUUGGAUCGGGUUCCACACGCCAACGUACACGACGGCGUGGCUGUGUGCCAAGUUUCUUAGCCGCUGUCUCUUGACAUUGUACAUUUUGUACUGUGUGUAUGCCCAUUACUACCGCCAGUAUGCUGUCUUGUACAGCAAUCUCGAGCAGUUUGGGCUACCGACCACGCAAGCCCGCGUCUAUGAGCUCGUCCUUGGCGACCCGACAAGUAUCAUUCUUCUCAAUCCGUGGAUCGCGACGGCGUUCGUGCUGGACUUUUGGCUCAGUACCGAGUACGUCUCGCGCGCCUUCUUGCGCAUCUCGCAGACCGACAACGCGCUCAUUUUUAUCAUUGCGUGCUUCUACCUCUCGCGCACUGUCUGGUUUGCCUACGGUGCGCUCUCGCUCACGUCGCUUUUGCUCAAGCGGCUUGGCAAAGAAGACGCGUUUGUCGAAGUCGACCCGAGCAUGACCGCCAUGGGCGUCGCUCUCGUCGCGGGUCCCUUUACCUUCCUCCAGUUCCGUCUCCUCAUCUUCAUCGAUUUGUACCAUUUCCUCUUCAGCUGUCUCCUCAACGCCGAGCAGCAAGCGCGCGGCCUUGAGAUUUCACUCGCAGCGUUUGUCUACACGAUGCUUCUCGGUCAGCUUCCGCUUCUCUUUGGCUUUGGCCUCGCGUCGUGGCGCCGCGCUAAGCGGAAGCGCGCCUUUGCCUCGGCCUCGUUCAACGACUGGAAACACCGCUUUUGUAUGUGGCUGGCCAUGGCCCGCGGCACCGAUGUCGUGUGCGGCGGCUCCAUCUACGCGCUCUUUGCACACCGAAAACGCUGCAAGAAGAACGUGUGCAUGAGCCAGCGCGGUGCCGACUGCUUUGUGUUCUAUCAAGAUGACGACGGCCGACGCACGAGUGCCCGCCUCAGCUUGCUGCGGUGCGUCGACUUGCGGCACGUCAUGUCCGUGACCCAAGUCCACAGCGUCGCUGUCGGCACCGUCCUCAACACCAACGAGAGCAGUCAAGGGGUCCGGAUUACUGUGGGAGCCAACAGUUGCCCGUGGCUCUUGUAG